UUUCAGUCCGGGAGCACGCAUUACUCUGCGUACAAAGCGAUCGAACACCAGAUUGCAAUUCAGUACCUGCAGAUGAAAUGGCCGCUGCUUGAUGUCCAGGCAGGGAGUCUUCAGAGCAGACAAGCCCUCAAGGAUGCCCGGUCUCCGUCGCCAGCCCACAUUGUCCAGGGCCCCCUCCCUUGCUGCACGCAGGGACCUGACUGUCAGCACUUCUACCCCCCCUCAGACUUCACUGUCAGCUCUCAAGUCUUCAGGGACAUGAAAAGGAGCCACUCCUUACAAAAGGUUGGGGAGCCCUGGUGUUUGGAGUCGAACAAAGUGCCGGUUGUGCAGCACCCUCACCAUGUACACCCCCUCACGCCUCUUAUCACGUACAGCAAUGAACACUUCACCCCAGGAAACCCACCGCCACAUUUACCAGCCGACGUAGACCCCAAAACAGGAAUCCCACGGCCUCCACACCCUCCAGACAUAUCCCCGUAUUACCCGCUGUCUCCUGGCACCGUAGGACAAAUCCCCCAUCCGCUAGGAUGGUUAGUACCACAGCAAGGUCAGCCCGUGUAUCCAAUCACGACAGGAGGAUUCAGGCACCCCUACCCAACGGCUCUCACCGUCAAUGCUUCCAUGUCCAGGUUCCCACCCCAUAUGGUCCCACCCCAUCAUACGCUGCACACAACCGGCAUCCCCCACCCGGCCAUCGUCACGCCAACAGUCAAGCAGGAAUCCUCUCAGAGUGACGUCGGCUCACUACACAGCUCAAAGCAUCAGGACUCCAAAAAGGAGGAAGAGAAGAAGAAGCCCCACAUAAAGAAGCCCCUGAACGCGUUCAUGUUGUACAUGAAGGAGAUGCGGGCCAAGGUCGUAGCCGAGUGCACAUUGAAAGAGAGCGCGGCCAUCAACCAGAUCCUCGGGCGGAGGUGGCACGCCCUGUCCAGGGAAGAGCAGGCGAAAUACUACGAGCUGGCCCGAAAGGAGCGGCAACUGCACAUGCAGCUGUACCCUGGCUGGUCCGCGAGGGAUAACUAUGGGAAGAAGAAAAAGAGGAAAAGGGACAAGCAGCCUGGAGAGACCAAUGAACACAGCGAAUGUUUCCUAAAUCCUUGCCUUUCGCUUCCUCCGAUUACAGACCUGAGCGCUCCUAAGAAAUGCCGAGCGCGCUUUGGCCUUGAUCAACAGAAUAACUGGUGCGGCCCUUGCAGGAGAAAAAAAAAGUGCGUUCGCUACAUACAAGGUGAAGGCGGCUGCCUCAGCUCACCCUCUUCAGAUGGAAGCUUACUAGACUCGCCUCCCCCCUCCCCCAACCUGCUAGGCUCCCCUCCCCACGACGCCAAGGCGCAGACUGAGCAGACCCAGCCUCUCUCGCUGUCCCUGAAGCCCGACCCCCUGGCCCACCUGUCCAUGAUGCCUCCGCCGCCCACCCUCCUGCUCGCCGAGGCCGCCCACGGCAAGGCCCCAGCCCUUUGCCCCAACGGGGCCCUGGACCUGCCCCCCGCCUCGCUGCAGCCGGCCGGCGUCCCCUCGUCUCUCACACAGCCGUCGACUUCUUCGGUACAUUCCCACAGCGCGCUGGCCGGGACCCAGCCCCAGCCGCUCUCCCUGGUCACCAAGUCUCUAGAAUAGCUUUGGCUCCGUGCUCCAUCCUGCUGGCUUGUCCCCGUGUCCCGAUGGCCUUCUCUUUGAUUUCCCCCUUCUCUUCCCCCUCCCACCCUGAAAGAUCCUUGUUUGGUUGGGUGGUCGUUUUGUUUUUGUUUUUCUUUUUUUGGGGGGAUACCCUUUGGUUUUCAUGCCACGUGGCUACAUGAGUUGAUGUUUAUCGAGUUCAUUGGUCAAUAUUUGACCCAUCCUUAUUUCAACGGCUCCUUUUAAAUAUUGUAGAUGAGAGAAGCACCUCAUGAUUCUACCAAAAUUUUUAUCAACCGCUGUUUAAAGUCUUUGUAGCGUUUAAAAAUAUAUAUAAAUAUAUAAAUAUAUAUACAUAACUGUUAUGUAGUUCUAAUAGCUUAGUUUAAAAAGACUGGUUAAAAAAGAAAAAAGAAAAAAAAAAAACAACCCACAAAGACGAAGAAGCAAUUGGGAAGCAGCCCCCCAGCAGGGGCUACUUCUGUCUUACUUGUAUUAAAUACGAGCUUGCGAACCAAUCAUUGUAAACCUCGUUUUUUUGAACCACACGGGCACGAUGAAUGCAGUGCCAUUACUUUUUUGUUUUUUCCCCUCCUUUUUUCUUUCUCUCUCUCUCUCCUCCUGUGUGAAACAACUUUUAUUGUGAUGUUACUUGUUAUUGUUUAAAUGUACAGAAACAAAGGGUUAAAAAUGUGUUAAUAUUACCUUGUUCCAUGGUGGUGUUCUUUUCCAGGGGGGUGGG